AUUCGAAAAAUCCCAAUGCUUCGAUUUUGAACCAUAUAAACAUCUCCCAUGGCGGAAACUCGAAGUCGUAACUAGAGAAGAAGAAGAAGAAGAUAAAGCUGUAAUUAGAGAAUGACGUGUGUGUCGACAUGCUUAAUCGUCUCCCCUAAGUUAACCCAAUCGGGUUUUUCAUCAAAAAAGCCGGUGAUUCGCCUCAGAUCUCCCGUCGAUCGUUGUUAUGCUUUUCCCGGAAUCUUUACGAAGAGGUUCCCGAGCUCCCGGCGGGAGUUCACGAGCCAUGGAAUCGCGGUGGUGAGGGCGGCGAGUAUAGAUAAGGUUAGCGGCGCAAUCAAACUAGGGGGAUUGGUGGAGAGCGACAAGUUGCCGACUGAUGUACGGAAACGAGCUAUGGAAGCGGUGGACGAGUGUGGCCGGAGAGUCACUGUUGGUGACGUGGCUAGCAGAGCCGGCUUGAAGGUUACCGAAGCUCAGAAAGCGCUUCAAGCUAUCGCCGCCGACACUGAUGGGUUUCUGGAGGUCUCGGAUGAAGGUGAUGUGCUUUAUGUUUUCCCAAGGGACUAUCGUUCUAAGUUGGCUACCAAGUCGUUAAGGAUACAGAUUGAGCCAUUUCUUGAAAAGGCAAAGGGUGCUGUAGACUAUCUGACUCGUGUUUCCUUUGGCACUGCGCUUAUAGCGUCUAUUGUUAUCGUCUACACCACAAUUAUAGUCUUGCUUUCAAGCAGAAGCGAGGAUGAUAAUCGUCAAAGAAGACGCGGGCGCGGAUAUGAUUCUGGAUUCAAUUUCUUUAUCAACCCCGUCGAUCUAUUUUGGUACUGGGAUCCCAAUUAUUACAGUAGGCGACGAGCUCGAGAAGAUGAAGGAAAGGGAAUGAAUUUCAUUGAAUCUGUUUUCUCCUUUGUAUUUGGAGAUGGAGACCCAAAUGAAGGAACUGAAGAAGAGAGGUGGCAGAUGAUUGGGCGGUAUAUAACUUCCAGAGGAGGUGUUGUUGCAGCUGACGAACUUGCUCCAUAUCUUGAUGUGCCAUCUUCCAAGAGUGAUACGAGCGAUGAAUCUUACAUUCUACCUGUUCUUCUUCGAUUUGAUGGUCAACCUGAGUUGGAUGAAGAGGGAAAUAUUCUGUAUCGUUUUCCAUCCCUGCAACGCACAGCUUCUGGGUCUAGUAGAAAAAAGGAAUACGUAGGAAAAUGGUUCGACUGGGUUGCAGAUAUGGAGAAGUUCUUCAAGGAGAGAAAAUGGCAAUUUAGUAAAACUAGUUCAUCUGAGAGAGCAAUGGUCGUUGGCCUAGGUGCGGUUAAUCUCUUUGGUGUUAUUGUUCUGAACGCCAUGCUAAAGGAGAUGGCUGUCACGCCAAGUGGAUUUCUCACAUUUGUUAAGAACAUAUAUCCACUACUUCAGGUAUACGCAGGCUCUUUCUUUGCCAUCCCUUUGGUUCGGUGGUUUUCAGUCAAGAGAAAGAAUGAUCAGAUAGAGAAUAGAAACAAAGCUCGGCUACAGUUCGCACGAGCACUUGAAUCUCCAGAUAUCGCACUACGGCGUAAGCUACUGAGUGCAAGGGAUAUGGCUCAAAAUACAGUCAUAGGGAAGGAGCGGAUCGUUUACAGUACAGAUAGAGAUAUGCUUGAACAAGACUAUGAGGCAGACGAAUGGGACAGAAGAUUCCGAGAGGUGGAAAAAUCAGAUUGAAAUGUCAACUCAACGGACUUAUGACAACGUGUAGUUUCGUAUCAGCUCACACAUCAUCUGCGACACAGAAUCAUCUCAACAACUUAAGACAUUCAUGGACAUUCCAAUUUCCAGCGGAUGACAAAGGCCAUGGUACAUAUUAUUUAGACAUUCUUCCUCUGUUCAAGACAGAGAAAAUCAUUGGUUUUUAUAGGCCUCUCUUGUUCCAGAACUGAUGGAAACAUAUCGUGCUGCUACUGAGCUCUCUCUCUAACACAACCAUAACAGCAAGCUUGAUCUUGUUUAUAUUUAUUAAAUAUCAUUCAGGACAUCUGAGUAUGCUUGUAUGCUUGUUCUUGAGAGUUACACAAAAUCCAACAAUAAGUUAUGUACAGUUAUUUGUAUAUACAAAAAAUUCAUUUU